AUGAGAGGCACGCCCAGUCGCGGGCAGGGGCGUGGAACUGUCCCCUUUGGGGCGACCAGCCCAGGAGCCUCGAGCAUACCCCGUCCAACCCUGGAGAGUCACGGUCACUCGAGCCACAGUCAGCCUGCCCCUAGCGAGACCGCCUCCGGUGUCAGCGCAAGUCGACAAAAGCAGAGCAAGCGAGAUGAGGCUAUCCGCCGGAAGCUGGAGAGCGAUCUCUCCAAAAAGAAGCAUUUGGCAAACCGCGCCCGACAUUCUCGCAAGGCUCCUCCAGGAACUGUCCUCGCCCUGAAACCCAGUCCCGCCCUACAGAUCAAGCCCACAACAACUGUAGCUGAGGCCGCUCAGUUGAUGGCCGCCAAGAGAGAAGACUGUGUUUUAGUAACAGACGAUGAUGAUCGAAUUGCCGGCAUCUUCACAGCCAAGGACCUGGCGUUCCGUGUCGUUGGUACGGGCCAGAAGGCGACCAAUGUCACCAUCGCCGAGAUUAUGACCAAGAACCCUCUAUGCGCCCGAACCGACACCAGCGCUACCGAUGCCCUAGAUCUGAUGGUUAGAAAGGGGUUCCGACAUUUGCCUGUUAUGGAUGAGAACCAAGAUAUUUCCGGUGUCCUCGACAUUACGAAAUGUUUCUACGAUGCUAUGGAGAAACUGGAGCGGGCAUAUGCCUCUUCAACUAAACUCUACGCUGCUUUGGAAGGUGUUCAGUCCGAGCUGGGCACAAGUCAGCCUGCUCAGAUCAUUCAAUAUGUGGAGGCUCUCCGUUCCAAGAUGUCCGGUCCCACACUCGAGUCUGUGCUAAACGGCAUGCCUCCUACUACCGUCAGUGUCCGGACUUCUGUAAAAGAGGCUGCAAUGCUCAUGAAGGAGAACCAUACUACAGCGGUUUUGGUGCAAGACCAAGGUCAGAUUACUGGUAUUUUUACUAGUAAAGAUGUCGUUCUACGAGUCAUUGCCCCUGGUCUUGAUCCUGCCACGUGCAGCGUAGUGCGCGUCAUGACGCCCCAUCCCGAUUUUGCGCCCAUGGACAUGAGCAUCCAGGCAGCUCUGCGAAAAAUGCACGAUGGCCAUUACUUAAACCUACCAGUCAUGAAUGGGGAAGGCGAGAUCGUGGGUAUGGUUGAUGUUCUCAAACUCACAUAUGCAACUCUGGAGCAGAUCAACACAAUGGGCUCGGGUGAUAGCGAAGGUCCUGCCUGGAACAAGUUCUGGUUAUCAUUGGACAAUGAAACCGAGUCCAUGGUCUCGGGUGACGGCAGUCACCACCACGGCACAAUAGGGUCUAGAUCUAUGAUGACGCCUGACCAUGGACGAGAGCGUAUCACCGAUUCCGUUGCUCCAGGCGAUAGUGCUUCUCACAUGGGCGUCGAUUCCCCUGGUCACUCAAUGGUGGCCGACCAGCCCCCUGCUGAGAUUCCCUUUGCCUUCAAGUUCAAAGCACCUAGCGGUCGAGUACACCGACUACAGGUUAUUGCUAGUCAAGGUAUUGGAGAGCUUGUUGCAAAUGUUGCAGCGAAACUGGGCAAUGAAGCUGAAGCUAUUGGCGGUGUGCCUGCUGUGGAAGAUGGUAAGGUCACCCCGGGCGGCUUUGCCCUAAGCUACUUGGAUGAUGAAGGAGAUACAGUUAGUAUCACAACCGACCAAGAUUUGCUGGAGGCAAUCUUGCUUGCUCGUCAGCAUCACCAUGACAAGGUUGAUCUCUUUGUGCAUGACCCUGAGAAGCCAGCUGUCAUAGUCACAGCGCCUCAGCCUGAUCCUCUAGCAGCUGAUACUCCCUCCGCCAGCGUAGCUACAUCUGACGUGCGACGGAGACGGGCUGCUUUAGAAGAUGAUGAUGAGGAUGAUGAGACAGAGGAUGACGACUACUCGACUGUGAGACGUCGCAAGAAGGUUCAUUCUCGGGGUGAACCUGAGCAAGUCAUUGCCGGCGUUCCCAACGAGCUUCUUCUUCCAGGUGCCAUUGUUACGUUGGCUGUUGUGAUAAUUGCCAGACGGGCAUUGGCACAAUCUGCACGGCAGACCUGCUGUCUACGAACACUCUCGACGCAACCGACAACGACACUGACGCAAACAGCUGUUCCAGACUUGACACCUAGUGGACUACAAGACUCGAGCUCACAAUCUAAACCCAAGCCCCCGUCUAUCUUCAUCGCCAAUGCGAAGGCAACCCGCCGGAGGAGAGCUGAUGAGGUCGACAAAACUGUUGAGUUCUAUCAUCAAGGGCAACUCUUAAAAAGCCAGAUAGGGAAAUUGGGCACAAAUGUCGAAAAGCGGUACCGACCCGGUGAUUUGUUCAUGAACCCACCGGGCCCCAAAGAUGUCACACUCGAGCUCCUCAUGGCGUCCCAGGCGCAUAUGGGCCACCACACCUCUCUCUGGAACCCGGCUAACGCGCGCUAUAUCUACGGUAUUCGCCAGGGCAUCCACAUCAUCUCCCUAGAGACAAUAGCUGCUCAUCUACGACGAGCAGCGCGUGUUGUAGAAGAAAUCACUUACCGAGGCGGCCUGAUCCUUUUCGUGGGAACGCGGCCAGGUCAGACACAGCUCGUGACACAGGCAGCACGGCUCGCACGGGGAUGCCACUUGUUCACGAAAUGGAUCCCUGGAUCCAUUACCAAUAGCGACGUCAUCUUGAACGGCAUGCAAAUGCAGAUGCUCGACGAGAACGAUAAGCCCCUCGAAGGAUUCGAGCGCCAUCUCAACGAACGACGGCCCCUUAUCCCAGAUCUGGUUGUCUGUCUCAAUCCUCUUGAGAACUACACCCUUCUGCACGAGUGUGCUCUUGCGAACGUGCCAACCAUUGGUGUCGUUGAUACAAACACCGAGCCGACUUGGGUUACAUACGCAAUCCCGGCGAAUGACGACAGUCUGCGUUGUCUGGCCGUCAUCAGCAGUGUACUCGGCCGUGCUGGUGAGAUAGGACAUAAGCGUCGUCUCGAUGACGCCAAGUUGGGUAUUGUAAAAUGGACAACGCCGUUAGAUGUACAAUACUUUAUGGCCAUCGAACGUAAAAUGGCAGAGAGGGAAUCCAGAAAAGGUUCGGAUUCCGAGGAGGAGCUCUCCGAGUCUGGUAGCACCGCGUCCUCAACCCUCGAGGACUCCCUUUCACUGAACGAUGAGAUCAUCUCAUAA